AUGCUGUCACUAUUGAGACGGGGCAUUUCUGGCCGGAACGGCGACAAACCCCCUAGCGAAGAUGGGCAGGCUCGGACAAUCACCCGCCGCCCAGAGUCGAACAAGUACCGAGCCACUGUGGAGGAUCAACCCAGUGAUAAGAAGGUCAUCCCUGAGCAGGACGUUCCAGCUAAAGGUCCCAAUGCUGAGCCGGAUGCGCAGAGGAAGACUCAGUUGGAUGCAGCGGCAAAAGCGGCCAGUGAAGCCGAUAUCAAGGCUGAAACGAUCAUUGCCAUUAUGGGUCUCACGGGAACCGGCAAGAGCACCUUCAUCAAGCUUCUCACUGGGCUAGAUGUAAAGAUUGGGCACAACCUCGCAGCUUGCACCGCCGACGUCGGCAUCUACGGCUUUCAAGCCCCCGGAGGCCAGUCUGUGGCCCUGAUUGACACUCCCGGCUUCGACGAUACAUACCGCUCCGACACCGAGGUGCUGCAGGACGUGGCAUACUUCCUGGGCCAAGUAUACGCGCAGAAGCUCAAGCUCGCGGGCAUCAUCUACCUGCACAGGAUCACCGACAACCGCAUGGGCGGCUCCGCCUUGAGGAACCUCAACAUGUUCGAGGCGCUCUGCGGUAAAGUGGAUAUGUCUCAUGUUGUCCUGGCCACAACCAUGUGGGACACGCUCCAAGAUGACGAGAGCCAUCGCCGGGGUGCCACGACCGAGAUGGACCUCCGGACCAACUACUGGGCCGACAUGCUUGAAUUUGGCAGCCACACGUUUCGCCACGACAACACGCGGGAGUCAGCGCUGAAAAUCACUAACUACAUCCUCUCCCUGCAGGGCAACAUGGUGCUGAAGAUCCAGCGCGAGAUGGUCGACGAUAAACGCACGCUCUACCAAACUCUUGCCGGCCAAGAGCUCCAGCGGGAGCUGGUGGAGGAACGAGCCAAGCACGCCAGAGACUUGGAGAGUGCGCGAAAGAGUCACGAGGCAGCCAUGCGGUCUGGUGACCAGAGGAUGAUCGACAAGAUGGCGCGCCAGGAACGGGAAUACAAGGCCAAACUCGACAAGCUGGAUCACGAAAAGGAAGAGCGGAUCCGCAUUCUCGAACAGGACUUUCAGCGCAUGCACGAAGACAAAGACAGGGAAUACAAGCAGAUGAUCGCUGACCUGGAGAAGCAGCUCGAAGAGACGUCCAGGAACAAAGAGUCCUCCCUGAGAGAGUUAGAGAAUAUGCAGCGCAAGUUUGACGCCCAGAUGGAAAAGUCUAAUAGCGACAGGCGGGCCAAGGACGCAGACUUAAGAGCCCAACUGGAGCACCAGAAGAGCGUAAACGAGACGCGGAUUGCCGUCGUCCAGGCGGAGCUCGCCGAGUACAAGAAGCACGCUGCUAAACUCCAGGAUCAAAAGGACAGGCCGGCCGUCGUUUCCGCUCUGCAGGUGCUGACUGGGGGCGGGCUUCUAGCCUUGGGUGUCAUGAAAGGAAGUACGACUCUUGUGGCUACCGGGAGCGGCAUUCUAUCAAGUGGUGUGUCGAAUCUAGCUGGCUAA